AUGGUCUUCCUAUACCAUUUUGAAGAUAGAAGUAAUAGAGUGCUCCAGGGCGGGAAGUCCCACUAUUUCCGUCACCUAGCUCCGGACCCUGCCGACCCUCUGCCAGGGCAGGAGUACCCACAGCCUCUGCCAGUAGAGACAGAAGAAGAGGAGACGUGGGAGGUCAAAGAUAUAGUCGACGUCAAGAGAGUGGGCAAAGCAUGGAAGUACGAAGACCUGCAGGAGAAGAUGUCCGCCAAACUUCUUCGCGAGAUAGGAGAUCGCAUCUUUUACAACGCCGGCACAAUAGCCUACUAG